ACUGCAGCCAUCCUCCGACACACACAGACACACACAGACACACACAGAGAGGGAGCCGACAGGGGACUAUCCAUCACAGUGGGAUCGUUUGUGCUUCCUCUUUUUUCCCCCCUUCCUUUCACGUGUUUUUCCUGCAGAAAACACUGGAGCUUUCUUUUCCAGCAUGAAGGAAAGGAGAAACACGCAGCCGCUGGUGGUCAGAUGUAAACUGGUUCUUGUUGGAGACGUUCAAUGCGGAAAAACGGCGAUGUUGCAAGUGCUGGCGAAGGAUUGUUAUCCAGAGACCUACGUGCCCACGGUGUUUGAAAACUACACGGCCUGCCUGGAGCUGGACGAGCAGCGCGUGGAGCUCAGUCUGUGGGACACCUCAGGUUCUCCGUACUAUGACAACGUGAGACCCCUGUGCUACAGCGACUCAGACGCAGUCCUGUUGUGUUUCGACAUCAGUCGGCCAGACACUGUGGACGGCAGUGUCAAGAAGUGGAAAACGGAAAUUCUGGACUUCUGUCCGAGCACACGCAUCCUCCUCAUUGGCUGUAAGAUCGACCUCCGCACAGACGUCUGCACGCUCAUGGAGCUGUCCAAUCAGAAACAGACUCCCCUCACCUAUGAGCAGGGCUCAGCGAUGGCCAAGCAGCUGGGCGCAGAGGCUUAUCUGGAGUGCUCGGCGUUCACCUCGGAGAAAAGCAUCCACAGCGUGUUUCGCACCGCAGCCGUGGCCUGCAUCAACAAACUGCAGGCGCUCCCCAAGCCCAGCCCCACCCGCCGCCUCUCCAAAAGACUCCUCCACCUGCCCAGCAGGUCGGAUUUACUCUCCUCCACCUUCAAGAAGGAGAAGGCCAAGAGCUGCUCAGUCAUGUGAGACAGGGGGGGAGAGGGAAGACCCCGUUGGGUUGCAGUUCUCAUACGUGACUCCCAAUCCCCGGCACUUUUUGGUCUCGGGGAAGGGGGGGGUGGGCACGAUGGUUUUAUCAGGAUCGCCUGCUGAAUCCUUCCCUCACCCCUCCCGCAAACCAAACAACCCUCAGAAGAGGUGGACACUUUGCUGUCCACUUGCUCCUGAACCUUUUUCCCUCCAUUCAGAAUGCUUUUCAACACAACUGCAUCAGUCAAGGUUCAACCAUAAAGCUAUUUUUUUCUGUUUUUUUCACUUGUAAACAGUUUGCAGCAACAAAACGACUACGUUCCAUCUGUCAGACAUCACUCUCUAUAUGCACAUGUUGAUUCGUUUUAAUCCUGUGAUGCCUCUCAGACAGCUCAGUGGAUUCUUGUUUUGUUUAAGGUGCAGAAAUAAAACUAGCAUGAAACCAGCAGGAAUUAACUCAGUCCUGUGCAUCCUUUAAGUGUGCUGGGCCAAAUAGCUUGCCACUGUUUCCCCUGUUUGAUGAAAGUACAGAGACAAACCGCAGAGAGAGAGAGAGAGAGAGAGAGAGAGAGAGAGAGAGAGAGAGAGAGAGAGAGAGAGAGAGAGAGAGAGAGAGAGAGAGAGAUGUCUCAGCUGUGAUGUGAGGAGGAAGAGGAAACGCAGACAGCAGUCUAGACUGCACAGGCCUGCAUGGAUUGAUAAUGUGAGGUCGUCACACUUUGCGGAAUCCAGCUGGACAAAUCUGGAGAGGCUAGAGAGGCGCUGUGAAAAAAAAAUGACAGCAGAAAUUAAAUAAAUAAAUAAAACAGUCA